CGUCGCGUUCGCGAUUGAUUGUUGCGUUGAUAUUUGUUUUUAAAUUAUUACAGUUUCUAACUGUAAAUUGCACUUGUAGAUGCUGGGAAAUGUAAGAGGARCACCAGAUAUCAAUGAAAAUGCAAAARCGUUUUGUUUGGUGUGCAGCGGCCAUCAUAACUUUUCUUGCCUUAUAUAGCUGGAAUAACUGGCAAUCUAGAGACAUUCAUGUCCAUAUAUGCAACUUGACAUGCAAAGAUAAGCUAGAGACAAGAAUCACAUUUUCAAGUUUAUCAAAGAAAAUAGACUGGGCAUCAAUAGACAAAAAACCCAAACCAUCUGAUUUGCAUGAUAAGUGGGUUGUCGUGACAACUAUAAACCUACCUACAAAGGAUGUUGACUUUUUGUCAAAGAUGAAGGGAUGGAAAGUUGUAGUGGUUGGGGAUACCAAAACGCCUAAGGAAUGGAGCCAUCCCAACUGUGUGUUUUUAAGUGUAGAUGAGCAGAAAAAACUUGGCUACCAAAUUGUAGAUCUUCUUCCUUACAAAAGUUAUGCUCGCAAGAAUAUUGGCUACCUCUAUGCUAUUCACCACGGUGCAAAACAAAUUUAUGAUACAGAUGAUGAUAAUCAUCCUUUGUCUGGUCAAUUAUCAUUCUAUGAAAAAGACAGAGGUGAUUUUCUUGUUUACAACACUCAAGCCUCAUCAGUGAAUCCUUACUCACACUUUGGGCAGAGCACAAUAUGGCCAAGAGGCUACCCGCUUGAAAACAUCUCCAAUCCAACCAAUCAUGUUUUUGACAAGUGCCAGGAUGUACAAGCYUUGAUUCAGCAGGGUGUGGUGGAUGGRGACCCAGAUGUUGAUGCUAUUUAUAGACUAACCCGCAAAGAUAAAGGCGUUCGCCUUGAUGUGAAGUUUGAUUCAAAUGCAGYGCCAGUUCUUCUCCCGCCUGGGACAAUGGCACCAUUCAACUCUCAGAACACCUUUUUUCUCUACAACUCGCUCUGGGCCACUGUGUUGCCCAUAACAACAUCAUUUCGGGUGUGUGAUAUCUGGCGUGGUUAUUUUGCUCAGAGGUUGCUUUGGGAGAUUGGUGGAUAUUUGUCAUUUUUUCCCCCUAAUGCAGUUCAAUUUCGAAGUGCACAUGAUUAUCUUUUGGAUUUCAUUGAUGAAAAAGACUUGUAUCAUGACGCUGGUCGUCUUGUCAAAUUCUUAAUCAAUUGGAAGUCCAACGAAAAAGAUUUCUUCAGGAGAAUUAUGGAGCUUAGUGUUGCAAUGGUUGAAAAUGAGUUYUGGGGAGUAAAGGAUGCUAUAUUAACUGAAGCCUGGCUUAGUGAUCUCAUUAGUGUCGGUUAUGAAAUUCCAAAGCUACAACCUACACCACAAAAAUGUGAAAAAAUUGUUGAAAAAGGACUGUUUUUGAAACAGAAAGAACAGCCAAGCUCUUAUCUGAGAAAAGGCAAUGAAUUGGUAGAACUUUAGAGGAAACUUUUAAAAACCUUCACUAGAGCAGACGAUACGGGGCAGACCUUUGAAAGUCUUUGAGACCAAGAAAUGGUAGUAAGAUAGACUCUUUCUCUUAAACUUCUUCAAACUUUCUCAGUUUGGUUCAUUUGUUUUUUGAUAUUAAAUUAAUAAUAUAUUAAUAUAUUUUUAGGGAAUGUACUGUAAGUGGUUUUGUAUUUUCAAUGCAGCGGGAUAUUUUCAUGAAAAAGGAAAUACUGGGUGGGCUUUUAUCCCAUUAUGGUUUUAGAGUACAAACGCUAAAUGUGUGCACUGUACUAUUUACUGUGAAAUAGCCCCAAUACAACUAAACAAUAGAAGACGGUAGAAUUAAGAGAGAGAGUGAUAUAAAUUUUUUUUGUGUCUUGGACAGGGUAAUAUUUUCAUAAAAAAACACCAUAGAAAUAGUAGAAAUACCGUUUCACUGUCCCAGGAUUAACGUGUUAUCAAAAACUUUUUAUUGUCUUAGAUGGAUGUCAGUAUAAUUGCAGUUUUGAUGGUUGCAGYGUAGAUAGCUAUUCCUUAUUUUUUUCAACUUGUCUUGAACAGGGUAUGGAUUUUUUUUUACAGGGUUUUAGACCGCUGGUGGCACAUACCUAUCCAAAAUGGGGUCGAGUACCCCCCAACCCCAACCCCCGGAAUUAGGAUAAUUAUUUAUGAGUAUUUAGUGGUAUUUAUCUUGCACACUUUUAGUGUUUGUAAUGAUCUCACUUAAACCGUGCAACUGUGCAAAAUCUAAGUAGUACUAAUUUGUACUAAGAGUGGACCUGAAGCAAGACGGCAUUGAAUGCUUCAUUUGUAUCAAUUCAAUUUAAUUUGGGUACCGCGUGUACGAUUUACUAAAGACAACUAAAUGGGACUAUUUAGUUUGUACAGUUGCACGGAUUAAGUGCGAUCACUCUAUAAAUUUGUAGGUCURAAUCUAAGUCAAAUAAAAGCUGUCACUUUUCUUUUUGA